UAAGACAGAUCGGGGUGUCCCACACCCUGUCACCUGUAUCCCGGAUCACCUGGGCCCAUACUAUACAAACACACCCAGGACCAGAACGUACCUUACACACCAGGUAACGACACUAGGACGGACCGAAGUACAUACAAACCACGCAAGAUAAAGUACUGAAGCCAUGGGCAGUCUUUCGGCAAAAGAGGACGGCACACCUGAUGACGUCACGGGACUGACAGCCAAUCAGAUCCGUCACAUCCGGGAAACCUGGCAGGUCGUCCUGAGCAACAAGAGAGCCAACGGGUUCGCCAUCUUCAGGAUACUGUUCACAGACUACCCGUUCACGAAGAAACUGUUCAGGAGUAUGGACCAGGUGGACAUAGACGUACCGGAGCAGUUCGAGAAGAACAUCGCCCUGCGAGCACACAUCACCCGCUUCCUGCACAGCUUCGACACGUACGUGUCCAGUCUGGACGAACCUGCGGACCUGCAGCAGCUACUGUACGAUACCGGGAAGAGCCACCUCAGACAUAGUGUCAAACCAGAGUACUUCGACGCUCUGGGUAAUGUUCUGAUGAAGGGUUUGACGGCAGUACUGGGGAAAGACUUCACGGAAGAGGUACAGGGAGCCUGGGGAACUGCCUGGGGAUUCUUCGUCAUUCAUCUGAAGCAGGGUCUGGAGGACGCGGUGCGCCACAGUGCGGAAACAAAUGGAACUGCAGCAGGGACAGACGAGUAGAGAGCUGCCCAGAUCUAAUCCCAAUGACCAAUGGAGUGGGUCUUCAACAUUGAUCAAGACACCACCAACUACAUGUAGCACCAGGAUGAAACCAGGGGAAACCACUAAAAGGCAAUCACUCAGCAACUCUACAGAGACCAAAAUUAGAAUUGAGACUCUAGAUUUCAUAAUUGGAAUGUGACGCAAGAUGUAAAGUAUGAUUCAAAGGAAACACGAACCUCAAAAUAUGUUCAUUGUACAUGACAUUUGCAGAGUGACCUGUCAAAUGUUUGGUCACUGAGUGGUCACCACUAGUGGAAAAUGGGUGUAAGCAUUAUCAGCAUUAUAUUACUUGUUCUUUCCAGACCAAGAAGUCCAAGAUCAUAUCCUAUUAGCUGUAAAACUGUAUCUACAACGGUAUGAAGAAUUUGUUUUUACUUUUUUUAAGGUGACGUCUUUAUAUGAAAAUGUUGUCCAAAUGUAUGUUUUCCAGAUUUUAGAUGGUGUCCCUUUAAAGGAUAUUUGUCACAGAAAUCCCAGUUCAAAACAAUUUCUACUUUUUUGAGUCAGUCUACCCCAGGUUUGAUGCCCCUUGGUGACUAUCACAGAAGAAAACUUAAAAUGGGCAUGUUUCAAAAUUAACAGGUGUAUAUUGAUGUAUGUAAGGAUGUUAACAUUUAAGUAUUAAUGUGUUGAGUCUGCAAAAUAGGUGACAAUUUCCAUGAUGUGCUUUCUGAAAUAUGCUAUCUAGAUACAGACAUGUAUAUAUACAUGUAUUUGUCAAAUAGAAAACAAGAGUCAACUUCAAAUUUUAUGAGAUUCAAAAUUGAACUCCCACAAUAACCUAAUGUUCCACCAAUUUGACUCAACAGUUAAUUUUUAGCAUUACAUGUUCUAGUAGAGCAACAUAAGCUGAAGCACAAGUCUGCAUUAUAGGUGGGUAUUUUCAUGUAGGUUUAAGAUAUUUCUUUUUUGAGACGGGAGAAGCGGUUGUAUGGAUGCAUGGAUGGAUGGAUGGAUGCAUGAAUCGGUCACUUUAACCAAAUAGCCCUUCUAUACGUGCUAUUGCGUUAUCGAGCCAGCGUGGCCGAGCGGUCUACAGCACGGUACUUAUCUUCCGUAGAUCGAAGGUUCGAACCCCACUUGCUAAAUUUUUUUUCUUUGUUAGACAAAUCUCAUGUAGUGUUUUUUUAAUAGAAGAAAGAGCAAUUCAGUAAUUCGAUGUUUAAAAACUCUUUUUUCGUGUGAUUUUGUUUAACAUCCAGGCUUUUUCCAAAAUACGCACCGGCCAGCUUUUUUCAGAAGCUUUCUUGUUUAGUUUAGGACUGGGAUGUACUUAUCUUUAGUUAUGCAUACUUUUAUGAGUCAUCAGAUGAAAUAAAAUUAGAAAUAGAAUGGAUAAGGAAAGCUUAUAAAAAAGGGUUAAUUUUAUAUUAAUUUUCAUAACUUUACCAACCUGUGACUAAUAUCAUCAUCAUCUGACUAAUACAUAUUUGGUGCCAAAAGAUACUACAGCAGGGAAGGGGGUUAAAAACAGCUUAACCCUUAAACUGCCAAACCCAGAUAUAUCCGGCACACAUAUACAUGUCCUGUGUGCCGCACCGGGAUAUAUCCGGGAUAGCGUAUUCCCCCAAAGUAGCAACUUUGCGCACGAACCCCAGAAGUUAGGGACUUUGGCCUUUUUCCGGGGGUUCUUUUUGGAGGUCAGCAGUCAACCCUGGUAGCACUGAUAGCAUUUUAUAGUGCUGAAACUCUGGCAGUUUAAGGGUUUUAAGUCUCAUGGUCUAUUUUGAUAUUUAUCAGGACAUUGCUGAGGAAACAAUGAUAUUAUGUAAAAUUAUAUCUUGUUUGCAAAUAACUGCAGUUCUGUUAGCAAUGAUGGUAAAUUCCUGUAUAUACAGAAUAACAGAUUAAAUGGCUGUUCUCUCAAA